GACCUUUUCCAGACGAAACCACGUCGUUCUCGUGCUCUGGGCCGGGAAAACUGCGUUUCAAAACAUCUCACAGGUGUAUAAAAAGUCGGAUCCUCCAAGAAACCUGGACCAGAUCCGGAAAUAUGUGAAGCAUGGCUGCUCAGUGGCAAGGGCCCCGGAAGUACUUUUUCCACAUUAAGCAGGCAGUGGCCGCUAAAUGGUAUGAUCUCGCCUACUGGUUAGGCUUUGACGAUUCAGAUACUGGAAACAUUGCAGGCAGAAACCGGGAUGACAGGUCCUGUUGUAUGGACCUGUUACAAGAGUGGUUAAGUAGAAAUGGUGAAGCCGCUACUACAGAGGUACUGAUGGGGGCUCUGUCUAACGCCGGCCUAAAGGACGUUCUUAAAGGACUAAAGGAUAAAUAUCCUGAGUUGGCUACGCUGCAGGUGACACAAUCUCCGAAUGCAGUACAACCUUCAAGUGGGCAACCUCAGCGGGCAUCUCAAGUGCAACCACAGUCGGGUUCACGGGGGCAACCUCAGCCGGCGACUGCGGGACCAUCCAAUAAUACUGAAGUUGAGUUGACUCCAUAUUUCAACAUCAUCGCGAAGAACAUGGGAGUACAGUGGCCACAACUUGCUUCGAACCUCGGACUGCCAUUUACACAGAUCCAAGCUAUAAAACAAGAGAACAGUAAUAACUGCUGGAUGUGUUGUCAGCAAAUCUUGCACACAUGGUUCUAUAGCAAUGGCGCCCAAGCAACGUUGGACGCCUUGAAAGAGGCCGUUAGGGAAUCUGAUCACCAGGAUGUUACAGAAAUGUUGGAAAUGAAACAAUUAGAGUUACAAAAGAACACAUCAGGUUCCACUUCCCAUUCUUAAAACAACGCCCAAGUCCGCCACCCAUGUAACAUACUUGUGUCACGUGACGUAUGUGACCUUUGACUUCUAGGUCAUGUGACCGCCCAAUUCUCAGCUGAUGAAAAAUGGCGGAUGCCAUUUGAAAGUCUUCAGUCUUAAUGCUCCAUACUUAAUGUCAUACGUAUGCAAUCUUAUAGACCCCUUCAUAUUAAUUACUUGCAUCUGCUUCAUGCUAUUGUUAAUUGCGUUGUGAAAUUUUCAUCAGUAAGAUAAAAAAAGGUCAGAUACUGCCCUGUUACAUGUUGACAUAUGGGAACUUUUAUCUUUGAGGUUCGAGUUUUUCUUUGAUUUUAUAAUUAUAAUUAUAUUUCAUGCUAUGUAAUUCUCAUUUAUACCUGAUUCGUUUUGAUUUUGAAAAGGACUCCCUAGAAAAUCAUUUUAAUACUCAGGUGAUUUAAGGAUCACCCAAAAGAUUCAUAAAUAGAAAAUGUAAUUUUUUUACAAAUGGACUGUUUGUAGUUGAACACAUACUGUAAAUAGAGGUAGAAUAAAGGAAAAUUCACUUUGA